GAAGCCCCAGCUUUCGAGCUACAGGCAUGUAUGUAUGUAACCAUCUCCCUAAAGCGUAUAUGGCGUCGGUUAAAGCAUUAGAGAAUUGGCCCAGAAUUUUAAAUGUUUGAGAUUAGCAUCUCAAAUGGGUGAGUGGGUGGUGUCCCUGGUGUGUUUGUGUGAGAAAAGAUAAGCAAAUUAUAUUUUAUCUUUUUUUUUUUUUUUUUUUUUUUAAUUAGAAAUGCUUUUAUUGUAGAAAGACAAGAGAUUUUAGAAAAUAUUUGGUUUAUGUUUUUGCUAGCUCCCGUUACGGCGGGCCAUCUCGUUAUUCUAUGUUUGGGAGUUUAUGAUCCGCAGGGGAAAAAAAAAGUUGUAGCUAUGUAUAAGAUAUUUAAAGAGCAAAUGGAAGAAAAAUUCUUUUAAAAAACGCUGUAUAAAUCCCUGUGUAUAAACUUUCAGUUAAAGCGAAGAUGAAUUGCAGGGAUAUUUUUUUUAAAUGUCGCUAAACUGCUUAGUCUGCAUUAUAGUAUUAAAGUAAAAACUCGGUGUUAAACUUCAGGGGAAGCGAGGGAAGAGGUUUUGAAGCGGGCAAUUUUCUGUGGUUCCCGUUGAGCUUACGCUAAGAUUUUGGUGAGCUCAGCUCUGCACUGAAGGGGCUUUGAAUUAUGGACUACAUUUCUUGGGGCUUCGUGAGCUUAGAUCGAUCUUUUCCCCUUUAAUCUCUCUUUCUUUCUCUGAUUCUUUCUUUCUUCCUUCCUUCCUUGCUUCCUUCCUCUCUUUCUUAUUUGAAGAAAAGGUCUUAUUAACUUGGGGAUUUUCUUUCCUGCUUCUGCGGUAUCUUAAUUCACAUUCGCAUUACUUAGCACUGGAAAAAAAUAAAUUGAUACUUUGAAGAAAAAUAGCUGCCAUAAAAUGCUUCCACUUCGAGAUUUGUAAAAGUAAAAUAAGGGCAGAAAAAAUAUUGAUUAAUAUAUACGUUAUAUCUCUAUAUUAUAUUGCGUGUGCAUGUGAAGCUGUGUACAAAUGCACUUGUAUACGCAUCGAGGCUCUUUUGUUUGGAAGGCAGCACAAUUUGGGCUACUACUCUAAAUGUUUUAAAAGCCAAGUCUGGAGAAUAUAAUGCAAAAUGGCUACCACCGCAUUUAGAGGAUUUUUUCCUCUCCGAGAGGCGAUGAAAUAACGGCAGCCGUAAAGUCGCCUGGAAUCUGACCCCCUAGUUGGAAAAAACGCUGCACGAUUUUCAUCUUUAAUAGAUAUCUGCCAUUUCACAUCGGCAGGACCCGGCUGCCUCUCGAAAGCUCCGGCACGGGAAUAAGUGUGGGGGAAAUUAUAUAUCUAUGUGUAUAUAUGUAGAAGGGACAUAAACCUCGCCAGCAUCCGAGAACGGAUCGUGUAGGAUUUGAGCACCGGUGUAAAAAACCCUCGCACGGAGGCGAAGGCAGGCACAAAGCGCAGCGCUCUCUGCACGCCCAUCUCCCCGGCGGCCGGCUCGCAGGAGCAAUGCCCGCCAGCCCCGCAGCCUCGCCGCCGGUGCCGGUGCCGGUGGCGGCGAGCCCCGCUCCGCUCCGCGCCUCUCCGCGCCGCUCCGCGCCGCCGUCGGGGGCCGUCACCCCGGGCCGACCCCGGCGGCGGCGGCGGCGCGCACGGGAGGCGCGCCCCGGGCCGCCCGCGCCCUCCCAGCUCCCCCACCAGUGCACGAGUUUACCUCUAGAGGUCAUCAGGCAGGAUUUACGACUGGACAACAAAAGCACGUGAUGUGAAGCCGUACCCCAUAUUUGGGUGCCUACGUAGGAGGGAACCAAGUACAUGUCCCAGUCAUUUCCAUAAUUCAUCAUAAAUUGUGCAAGGGUGCUAUAGACGCACAAAACGACCAAGAGCCACAAAUCAAGCACACAUAUCAAAAAACAAAUGAGCUCUUAUUUUGUAAACUCAUUUUGCGGUCGCUAUCCAAAUGGCCCGGACUACCAGUUACAUAAUUAUGGAGAUCACAGCUCGGUGAGCGAGCAAUACAGGGACUCCGCCAGCAUGCACUCCGGCAGGUACGGAUACGGCUACAAUGGCAUGGACCUCAGCGUCGGGCGCUCUGCUUCCACUCACUUUGGUGCCAAUGAGAGACCCCGCAGUUACCCGGCCAACACCACCUCUGCCUCGACAGAGCCCAGGUACAACCAGCCCGCGACGUCUUCCCACUCGCCUCCCCCUGACCCUCUGCCCUGCACCGCCGUGGCCGGUUCGCCUGUCAGCGAGAGUCACCACGGGGUGAAAAACUCCCUCGCCAACUCCACCAGCACUUCGUCCAAUUCCAGCAGCAACACGCACAUCAGUAGAGACGGGGUUGGCACCUCGUCUGGGACUGAGGAAGACACUCCAGCAAGCAGCGAGCAGGCAAGUGCCCCGACCGACCAAAGCACAGCCCAGCCUUCACAGCCCCAGAUCUACCCUUGGAUGCGAAAACUGCACAUAAGUCAUGACAACAUAGGGGGACCAGAAGGGAAAAGGGCUCGGACUGCUUACACCCGCUAUCAGACCUUGGAGCUCGAAAAGGAAUUUCACUUCAAUAGAUACCUGACCCGCAGAAGAAGGAUUGAAAUAGCACAUGCUCUUUGCCUCUCAGAGAGACAAAUAAAGAUCUGGUUCCAAAACAGGAGAAUGAAAUGGAAAAAGGAUAAUAAGCUGAAAAGCUACGUGUGCCUCCUGGCCAUUCAAAUUGUCAGGUUUAGGGACAGAAGUAUCCAAACCACAAGUUCUCAGUACUAUGUGAAAAAUGGCUCCUUGCAAGUCAAAGCGAACCAAUUGACUGUAACUUGUAGCAUUAAUACAAGAGACUACAGGUCAUUAGAGUGCUGCAAAUUAUGAAAUACGGGCUUGGUUUAUUGAAGAUUGUAAAUAUCCUCCUAGCUCUGCUCUCUCCCUUUCUGCCUUAUAUUGCUGGCUGCCAUUGUGGGGUAGGCCCCAGCUGCGUGUUUACUUCAACAUUCUUUUUAUUUAAGUGGACUGUUCUCACUAGAGUGUGAUUACUCAGCAAUAAACUUUAUGGCCGGAUUUAACUUCAGUCUUUGAAUUUCCAGGACUUGAAUGAAAGGGUGAAAGGAACUCUAUCUUUCUCUGGGUAACAUUAAGGCCUGAUCCUUAUCCUCAGAGCUGUUACUUUGGCGAGUGAUCUCGGGGGGUAUAAACAGACUGGUCAGGGGCUAUCGUAGAAUUCUGAGAAUUGCCUAUUAUCUAUCUAUCUAUCUAUCUAUCUAUCUAUCUAUCUAUCUAUCUAUCUAUCUCUCCAAACCAGCUGUGGGCAUCUCUUUCCCUGCACAGGUUUGGAGUAACAUUGAUUCAGCAGACUCCAUUGUUUUCUUUUAUGUGCCAUAAAGUUGGGUUGCAAAAGAAUGGAGUGGUUUGAUGUGAGAGAUGGGCUUUGUUUUAUUUCGCUAGUGCUAUGCCAUUUGAAUGUUGUGGUUUACGCUGGUUUGGCUACUGUGAGCGAAAAUGGAAGAAAGGCGCAGGGUUUUAGGAGGGUAAGGUUGUUGUGUACCUCUGCAAGGUCUGCAUAUUGCUGACUGAUUCUUAUUUUUAAUUUAUUUGUCUUUAGCUUUAAAGAAAUGGUAGUAUCUAAUGUAGGUUCACCCCAAAGAGCUCAGUCUUAAAAACAUUUAAUAUUUAAAGACAACCCUUGCGGAAGAUAAAUAGAGUCUGAUGCCUUUGUGUCUGUCGAUCCUUCCUGUCAGCACUAAACAAACACAUCUGCAUAUAUUUCAUAUUAAAAAAAAUGAGAAAGGCUUUAAAAGAGCAUAUCCAAAUGCACAUUCGAAAAUCAUUUCCUUUUAAACAGCUGGAGAUUUUAUAGUACUCUAGUUGACACAUUUUCGUCAAUAGGAAUAUCAGAAAGUUGUAUAUGAUAGGCGUGUAUUAUAUUAUACUAUAUGCCAUAAAAUUUUAUAGUUUGAGGCAAGGCAUGAAAAACCUUUAAAAGUUUGGUCUUCAUUUAUAUAUAGGUCCCUUUCCAAGGAAAACCCUUUGCUUGUAGAUGGGAAUUUUACUAGACACAAACAGCUCGUGAUUACUCAGUAUUUAACAACACUGUGCUAUUUGAAUUAACUGACUAAUAUACAAGCACGCAAGGACGCCCGUUGGACUAAUAUUUCAGAAUCCUGGAUAUCAUCCUGGAUUGUAAUUUUUCAUUGCCUAGAGUGAAAAGAUUUGCUACUGUGUAUUUUCCACAUUUUUGAAUGUGGCUUCUGGACCAUAUCCCACACAAAGCAAUGUACAGUCGUUCAAGAACUAUGAAAAAGAAAAAUAUCCCUAGGUCCAGAAGCAUAUGAACCCGCCUGUACUGCAAAAAACACUAGCAACAAAAGAAAGUUAGCUAGAAAUGACAACUUCACCCUGUUUCUGGUCCUGCCGCGUAUUAAGCAUCACAGUUGAAACCAUUCAAACACAAAAAUGCGUUAAGAUUUCCUAAUACGCUUUGAAAUUUGAAAUUCAAACAAGACCAGACUGCCGAACUCUGCGAAAAUAGUCCCAGGUCCGAAUUGUUUUCCGAGGGAAAAUGUAAUGGGAAAUUAUACCUGGGAAUCAGGAGAGAGGUUUUAUCUGCACACGUUAUUUUUCUGAUGAGUUUGGGGGAUUAAUAGGUGCAAGAUUUUUUUCUAUUUUAGGAAUGGCAAGUUGCGUUCUGCGAUUUGAAAUACAGUUUACUUAAUCCUUUGAAAGAAAUACUUGCGUGUAGUGUCUCAUGUCUAAGUGUAAAACCAAUUAAAGAUUAGUCAGCUCUCUUAAUGUGUGGAACUGGUGACUUUGCAAGACUUAACUUUCUCCAAACCAGGAGUGUAACAAUCCAAUGGAAAGUCAUCCGUAAAUUACAGCUCUGCAGCCUUGUCUAAACCAUGCAAACGCCCUAUUUUCAGAACACGGAAAUUAUUAUUCUGCCAUUUCCUUAAAUGUAAUAAGUGUGUAUCUGUGGAAAGGUGACAAUAGAGGAGUUUGCAAUUUGCUCCAUGGUAAAUCGAAUGGAACUGAUCAUGGUGGGGGGAUCAGGAAGUUUCGAUUUCUAACGCUGAAUACGGGAGCAAGGCGUUUUCCCUCCCCGUAAAUACAGAUUUGACGCAUUUAAUGCAGACACGAGUAAACCUCCUGACCAAGUUAAGAUGUCGUUGACUUUCUUAGUCCUUUCUCUUUCUCCCCUAAAAUCUUCCCGAUUUGAGGCUAGGAUUACUAGCUAGAGCGGAAAACCACAGUUCCCACAGUCUUCUGGUCAUCUUUGAAAAUAUUAUCCCUUUCAAAUUAAAGCAUCUUCUCUAAUGUCUCUCUGUAAGGCAAAUACUCAUGGACCACCCCGGUCACAUGUUCCUGUAGCUAUGCGCACAAACAAUUUCAAAUCUGACACAGAGAUCGUGUAAAAUUUGCAUGGAUUUUGCCUUAUAACAUGCAAAAGGAAUCUUUUCUAUAUCCCCUCCCCCCAAAAAAUGUCUUUUCAAUAAUAAUAUUUGCUAUGAAGGUUAUUGGGUAAUUAUUGCAAUUUUGUGGAACAGUCCUUGCUUGAGGUGAAGUCUGUCUCCGGAUAAUAAAUGGCAGCCCGUGCAGUUCACUGCCAGGUUAAGUAAAUGCAGAAAAGAUAAAUCUGCACACCCUAGGAAUCACCAGCAGAGCUCGCUUUAGACCAAGUUCACAGUCAACUCGUUUGCCUAGACAAGGCUUCGCAAACAAUUAGACUUGUUUCUUUAUGUUUAAAUCAAGGAGAAAUGACUAAAACCCUUCAGCAGAGAGCUGCAGCUUUUCCCGCAACGCUCUUCGCUCCAUUCCUUCCAACCUCACGCCCGGAACUUACCCGGCAUUUCACCUGCAAUUGUAACCAUAUAGCGCCUUUGAGUAACAGGCUUCCCUCCAACGCUGCCGAAAGGCUGUGCAAACUGAUCUAACAGCAUUUUACAAAGCUGAGAGAUUAAGGAAAAGAAAAAAACAAUAAAAAAGGCAAAAGUAUCCGAUUUCUCAGCAGCAAGAAGAAGGAAAAAAAAAAGGCAACAACAAAAAAGAGCGCCCUUAGAAAGCUGGGGGGAAACAAGCAGAAGUAUUGAAACAAACAGUGCGAGUCUCUUACUCCUAAAAGAAGCUGCAUAGCUUUUGUAUAUCUUUGUGGUUAAGGGCGUUACAACUGCAGGUCAAAAAGUUGAGGGUCAAAAGUUUACGUUUUGCACCACUCUUAGUCAUUCGCCCAGACAGAGUUUGAUGUCAAUGUUAUAGCCGAGAUCUUGACUAUCAGCACAAAAGAUAAAAUAGCUUUGAGUUACGUGUGUAUCACAGUAUGGACUCCAGGUGAACCCUACUGGCUGAAUGACCUCAAUUACCAAGGAAAGGAUAGAAAAUUCCUCUUUUCAAGAGUAAUACACGUUGUAUUUCUUCUUGAAUUAUCAGCCACAUUUGUGUCUGAAUAUCUCGGGUUCAGCCGCGGCAGGUAAACACGCGUGUUACCCCCACAGAAGCCACUGAUGUUGCCUCCUCCAAAAGUCAAGUAGCAAAAUGCCUCACCCUUGUUUAUUAUAUAAUAACCUGCUCUAAGAGGUUUAAUGUUAAGCCUUCUCACUUUGCAAAAUGGCAGGAAGAUAAGAUAGGAGCGAAGCUAUUAACGCGUGUAUCGAUCCUAGCCGCGUCUUUGUUUUUGCUCUCAUUUCUGUAGCGACGGCUAAACUGUGCUUAAACAGGACAUGCCGGAGAUAAUACGGGCUAUAUGUUUGGUCCGGAGGAACUCGUUUCAAAUGCGGAGCGGUGAAGCCAUGUUGCGAUACCCAUGGAAAAUAUUACGGAGAAGCUGGCGCCCUGCGCCUCUCCGUGAUUUGGAGGGUUCUCACAGGCUUCUGGAAUUACCCGAGGCGGCAGUUCCCAGCGAAAUUUGGAGUAGGACGAGUUGUUUUUCCUCCAGCCACCCACCCCUCUUCACCCUUCCAAGAAAAAGUUUAGUGGAAUUUCUUAGCGCGGAGAGAUUCCCACAUUGCUGGGAUUUUUUUUUGUUCCCAGUGCCGCCUCUGAGUGAAAGCUUUAGCUCCUUGGUUAGACGUGUCUGCAGGGAGAACUAGCCAAUAUUGCUCAAGCAACUUCAUUUUGGAGGACAUCAUCUCAGACGGGAUUCAGCUUGAAAUUUUAAGGCUGAGGGGUGGGUGGAAGAGGGAAAGGAUAUUCGAAUAUAGCCAUAAUCAGACCCGAAAGGUGUGGAGGAGGGGACAGUGCGACAAGGAAAUCCGAGAAAGAGAGCACCUCACCCCCAACCACGCAUUGCUGCCUUUCCACCCCCAAGGCAGCAGCCUACACCGGCCUCUGUGUAACUGGUACUCGUGAAUUAUUUGCCAGAGACACAGCUGGAUCGUGGCAGGCGAGCGCUGUAUCUUGGGAACAAGUACGCGAGAGGUUAGAUAUCAGAUUAGCCAAAGUGAUUAUCGGAGAUUGUGCCUAAAGUACCUGCUGAAGCCUGGAAAGUGUGUAAUGCAAGUGUUUGCUCGGCGUGUAGACGCUGUUCACAAGUUGUUGCUGCUGCUCACUUGUAGCGAGCCCUGGCACUGCACGUUUAGGGAGCCUGCCCGCUCUGGAGAUAGUAUAUAACCUUUCACAUCCAGACUAUUUGUUUGGUGUAAGAGCGAAGCCUGAUAACAAGCUAAAAACCGUAGCCAAAUAUCUAUUUUGUUAGAGAAUAGCAGGCGGAUUGUUUCCAAGAAUAACAAUGCGUCUUUGAUAUACCCAGAAUGAAAGCUGUUACUAUAACCGGCUUACUCAAGAGUAGGUGACAGAAAUCCAUUUACUUCCUCACUAAAACAAUUAGUGGUCCGAAUUCCAUAGUUUAAACCUGGUUUAGAAUAAAAUUAUCAAUGAGAAUAAUUUCAAAGAAGUUGAAACCGCGACUUACAUAAAUAUUGACUCUUUUCAAUUAUUGUUUAAAUUGUUUCCCCCUCCCAAAAAAAAAAAAAAAAAAAAAAAAAGGCAACAGGCUAGAACAGGACAGUUAAUAAUUUGAGACGAACUCUCUCUGUCCUUUCACUCUCUGCAUUCAGCACGCUGCUCUCUGGCGUGGAAGGUUUGCUCAAAAGACCAUUCAUUUAAAAUCCGGGCACAAAUCACAUUUUACGUGUGUUUAUUUAAGCGCACCAGGACAGAGUGAGCAAACCCCGCCAACCAUCCCGUUGUUAAGAGGAGCCCCAGUGCCAGGGAAACCACCGCUUUUGACAAAUGCUGAACUUGGGGCAAAAAUGCCAACAUUGCCCCGGCAGCGCCCAUCGGGAAGGACGCUCUCAUCCGCGGAGGCAGGAGCAGCCUCGGGGCUGUAUCAUUCCCAGGAACAAAGAAAGGAAUACAGUCGAUACAUUCCAUAACGUUUACAUUUUCCCUCGAUUUUUUUCUUAUUUUUCCCUUAGAAGAAGUGACCUGGGCAAAGCACCCUGCUAUCUAAAAGACACUGUUAUAGACCUUUUAGAAAAACUAAGUCCAAGGCCGAGGUGAACUUCAGGUCACCGCGUCUAACAAAUAUGAAAAUGUCGCCUGGUGAAGGGCACGCCUUGUUAUUUAACAAAGACUGUCAAUGUGUAAGAUUAAUAAGAAACAAAAUGCACACGGUGUCACUUUUCGGUCACUUUGAAACUUGGGACAGCCUCGCAUUCAAGAGGGGAAAGCUGGGACUAAAUAUAUUCAAAAUGGUUCAAAUCAAAGUCAAACCAGGCUGCUAGUGCGAUUCUUCCUCCUCCUACCGCUCUCGGUGGAGGAUACCCGGCACGGCAAGAGGUUGACUUGAAUUAUUAUUAUUAUUAUUAUUAUUAUUAUUAUUAUUAUUAUUACACUACUACUACUAUUAUUGUUAUUAUUGCUGUUGUUAUUAUUCUUUUCUCUUUCGUGGUAAUUACGUUUUAGCUGCAUAAGUGGAGGGUAACAGGAAUGCUUGCCUGUUUCACAAGAAACAGAGGGAUCCCCUUUCCCCCCCUCUUUCGGUAUGUAUUGAGUUGCUUCUUCUUGGUGCAUGAAAAUUUACUCUCUCCCUCUCAGCUUAAUUCCAGUGCUGUCCCCAUCCCAUUCUCGGCCAGCCUCGGCCAGGAAACUCUCGCUUCUUUAUUAAUUGAUUGAAGUCUCCUUCUCCAGUGAAAACGAGCCUUUAGUCCUUCUGGAAAAAUAAGGGAACUGGCCUAUUUUAUCCCAUCCUUUUCUUUCUUUGAGAACUUAGGAUGAUGGUACAAGUUUGUUAAAGGGAAGUACUGGGGGAAAAAAGGGUUUGAGAUUGUUUAUUACAGCCAUAAAUCUUGCAGUAAAACGUCGAAAUGGCCGUGUGCAAGAUAACACUUGGUGGUCUUGGCUGGGUUCUUGUUUAUGAUAACAAAACCAGAAAGACAUGGAACAGGCCUUUUGGAGGUCCUGCCUCAGCACAUCUUCACAGACUAAGAGAACCACACGAAAAAGCCAGACUUGAGCUGGGCAGCUCAGGUCACCUUGCAGAUUUACACUCGUAUACAAAACUGAGUCCUUCGCUCUGUAACCAAGCGCCAGAGCUCUACUGUAGCAAAGGGCACGGUGAAACUUUGAGAUCUAAUCACAGUAAAUAAUAUGAAGCAGAGCCAGGUCAACUCUCCCAAUAUAGCGCUGAUCUUACAAACCGAGACAACACUUCUCGUUGUGUUUUACUGUGGCGUGGGAACACGGCCGCCCGCUGUAGUGCUCCGGCCACAGAGCCUCAGGACUUAUGCCGAGGAUAAUAUUUACGAUACCCCAGUGUAAUUCAUCUGGUGCUAGCCGGCAGGUAUUUGUAUGUAUGCGUCUCUGUGUGUGCAUGUAUCUCUUUAUACCGGGAAAAUGCUUUCGUGGUGGACCUCGGUGAUCUUUUAUUUUUAACAGUCGUGCAGAUAGGAGCUUUUUUUUUUUAUUUUAGGAAAAGGGUUUGUUGUUGUUUUGUUGUUUGGAAUAUAAAUAAAACAAGGUCCCCUUUUCUGUCAAAUGUGUGCUGUUGAGCAGUUGCGGCUGUCUCUGUGUUUAACCGCGUGUGUGUAACCGCAUUUCCUCUCCACGCAGAGUAAAUAGAGAAACUUAUCUAUUACGCUAGUUAGAGUUCCAUAGACGUGCUGUUGGAAAUGAGUAAGUAAAUGUGUUUUAACUCUCUUUACAAAUUAGACAUUCGAUAGUAGGAGGAAAUGAGUGAUUGUUUAGAUAAGUACCUCAGUAUACCCAAGUGCUGGAGAUGUUCUAACAUAUUACAAGCCGCAUGCAAUGUGCGUGCCUAUGUGUCUGUGGAUAAAAUAUAAAUCGAUACGCUGUGUGUCUUGUUAGAUAGAAUAUAUAUUCAAAUAGAAUUUUAUUGCAUGUAUCCAUUAUCUAUUAAACUGCAAAAGACAAUAAUCUGAAUUUAAACCAGGGCAACUGUUAGUGUAAUAUCUUUAGGAAGGCAAGACCUAAACUGUAUCAUAUUUUCGCUUGAUAUAUUAGAAGUAUUUUCCCAUACCAGUAGAUGAGAUUUAGCCACUCAGCAAUUAUAUUCUCUAAGGGUGUGGUAAAUAUUUCUAUCUGUUUAUAUUCUUUCCUGUGCAGAUGAAAAAAAUAAUCUGAAAAAGUUCGCGCCUACUCCAAAUGUGGCAGACUAGCUGACGUUCAAUAAGUAUUUUUUUUCCCCCUUAGAAUAAGAGCGUAAUUAGUUUAACCAUCAAAUUUCAAUUACCUAAGGUCAGGGCGGUUGCCUCGUUUCCCCCUGAGCUGCAAAUACCGUUAACAGUCUCCGUUUUAGCUACGUAGAAGUGCCCGAGUGCCCUCUCCCUCCUACACCAGGGUUUGCGAGCUACUGCUGCGAAGGCUCUAGUGAUUUCUGAUGCAAGUGAAAAUCAAAAAAUAAAACCCCGACGAGGCACACCAAACCAACGGACUUAAAUCCGUAAUUCAGAAAGCUCUGCUCCGUGGGGAGGGAUGCUCACAGUGAGCCCUGUAAUCGCCGGUAGGAA